AUGGCCUCCUUGAUGAGCAUCACCAACAGGCUCCUGCCAUUCGCCACGCCAGGAACACCUCUGCUCCAGGAUGUCAUCCAUCUGGCAGUCAUAUGCACACUUCUGUACUUCGCACCGCAAAUUCAAGAGUGCAUCCAGAAGAAGCGAAAGCUCCAAGAACAAACUGGUGAAACCGAGGCAGACGCCAUUGACGAUACAGCCGUCCAAGGAGAGCAGCCGCAAGAACACGACGCCCAGGAACACGGCCAGGAGGAACAAGAAAUCUUCGAGCAAGAAGCCGACAACAACGAAAACGACGGUCCGGACAAUGAUGAUUUUCGUCAAUUUCAACAGCAACAGGAUGCCAACGAAGCAGCCCUGCCGGGUCCAGCAGACGGUCCCGCAGAGAUACCAGCUCGAAGAGAUGUAGGAGCCAAGAAAGCAAAGUCUCUCGCAAGGAAAGACCAGAAGCGAGCCUAUCACGAGUUUCAGCGUGCACAGGGUGAAGCCCAGCGAGCACGCGACGCUGAGGGAGCUGCAGAGCGCGAGAAGGCACAGGCCGCAGAAAGGGAGCGGAGGAAGGCUGCUGAGGCAAAGUUAGAGGCCAAGAAGGCCAAGGAGAGGGAAGCAAAGAAAGAACAGGAGCGAAAGGAGCGCGAGAAGGAGAUCGAAAGGAGAGAAACUGCGAUUGGAAUGGUGAGGAGGGACUUGGAGGAGACCAGAAUGAGUAACUUGUUCGAUGUCGCGAGGGUAGUCGGUGGUGAUGCCGAUGAGGUCUGGGUCGAGAAGAUUCUCAAUGCGGCUGGUCUGCUUGGCAAGUCUUCGGGUGGAGCACUGACUAUGGUAACGAGUACUGGCUGGGUUGUCAAAGUCUCCAAGGAAGACAUGGCGUCGGUGUACAAGAGAGCUGUGAAUGAGGGACUUGGAGGGAGAGAUGGAAAGAUCAGUUACGACGAGUUUGGUGGACUGUUGGAGACGGUCCUGAAGGAAGGAUCCUCUGCCACCGCUUGA